CUUAUAUCGAAUCCUCUGUCCGCGUUUGUGAGUUCAAAAUCGGGAAGUGUCUUAGUAACCGAGGGGAGCAGAAGCCCCAGAGGUACUAUGGAUUGGUUUCACUACAUGCUUCUAGGUCUUAACGCGUUGCUCCUUGUACUCUUUAUAGCGCGAUCCGCUCCGCAACACUGGGUGGUGCCAGCAGCCAGCGGAGCGGGGGAAGCCGCAUCCGCGGAAGGCGCAAUUGCGGGGGGAGUGUCGCUGCGCAUGUCCGCCUGGGGGGAGUCGUGGGAGCAUUGGGGGAAGCGUUUGAUGCUGGGGAAACUGCGGAAAGCGCUGUUCCUAGAUUACACCUCCCCAUCGCCCCCCGGAGUCACCAUUCACGGGCGCGACUGCACGUCUUGCCGCAGGGGGGAGCUGUGCGCCUUCCGCGUGUCCGUGCGCGCGCCCGCGCACUGGGCGGAGGAAGUGCUGCAGGCGCGGAAGCGCAGCUGGUGGAAGCGCGAGCUGACCGUUACAAUGCGGGGGGCCGCCUCGGGGGCGGGGGACGUGCGGUGCCUGGACCCCCCGCGCUGCAGGGAGAUGAGUGUCGCCUACCGGCUGUGGGAUGUCGGGGAAUACUUACAGCUCAGCACGACCUUGUCACCUGGCGCCUCACCGUUCUGCACCGCACCACACCCAACUCCACACACGCGGAGCUUCACAGCAGCAGCAGCAGGAGUCUCGCCUCUGGUGCAACUGCCGACUAUCCCGCCCCACAAUCAGAUCAAAUCUCACCCGAGAAACCCACCCCCUCACUUCCCCACCUCCAAGCAACCACGCCACACCUAAACCCUCCCGAAGCCAACCCCAGACUAGGCUCUCUCCUCCCUGCAAACCCCUGUGCGGGUACUUCCGUCCCCACCCGGUGGAAACUGAGCAACGGCACGUACCACUGGACCCCCUACUUUUGCGCCCACAGAGAGCUUCCCCCGAAUGGGGAGUUUGGAUGUAGCCACAGGGGCACCACCACACAGAGAGAGACCCAGUUCCCCAACAUCUCAUCCACUGCUGACGUCACCCUCUUUGAGGGAGGGUACUGGGGAGCUUCCUUCUGC